AUGAAGCAGUACAACCUCACGCACCGGACAAGCCUGGACGGUCUCGUGCGGCGCGACGACGCGCCCGAGCCCGUGCUGACGGGGCCGAACGACAUCCUCAUCCGCAUCAAGGCGAUCGCGCUCAACUCGCGCGACUUGCAGGUCGCGACGGGGCUCUACCCCGCGCAGCACCCGAUCCCGGACAACGUCGUGCCCGUUUCUGAUGGCUGUGGUAUUGUCCAGGCUGUUGGACCCGCCGUCACGCUGUUCAAGGUCGGCGACCGCGUCGCGCCUGUCUUUCCCCAGGGGCACUACUUUAACGAGGACCUGAGCAAAGGCGACAUGAGCCGCGGACUUGGUGCCGGUCUGCACGGCGUCGCACAGGAGCUGUUCGUGUGCAGCGAGGAAGACGCCUUCCACAUCCCCAAGCACUUCACCUACGCCGAGGGCGCCACGCUGCCGGUAAGUCCACCCCUCUAUGACCCCAACUCACGCCAGAUCGCGUUCGGCACCGCCUGGUCGUCGCUGUACGCGCACAACCCGAAGCUGCGCGCCGGCGAGACAGUCUUGUGCCUCGGCACGGGCGGCGUCUCCCUCUCUGCAGCGCAGAUCGCCUUGGCCGCCGGCGCGAGGGUCAUCGUGACCUCGUCGUCCGCAGCCAAGCUCGACCGCGCGCGCGGCCUCCUCACCCCGCUCGCAAAGUUCCCCGAGGACGCGAUCCACACGGUCGACUACAGCGCCAUCGACGACUGGGACGUCGAGGUGCGCCGGCUCACUGGUGGCCGCGGGGUCGACUUUGUCAUUGAGAUCGCGGGCCGCGCGACGCUGGGCCGCAGUAUUCGGAGCACGCGCCAGGCCGGGCUUGUCGCUGUCUCUGGCUACGUGAGCGCAUUCGGCGCCAUCCCCGAGAAGGUCCUCAACGAAGACCUCGCCGUCACGAUCCUCAUGUCGGGCGCGUACGUCCGCGGCAACUUUGUCGCCAACCGCGAGGAGCUCAAGGCCAUGGUGUCUGCGCUCGAGCUGGGCGGCGUCAAGCCGAUCAUCGACAAGACGUUUACGUUUGACGACCUGCCGGCCGCGUACAGGUACAUGGCGGACGGGAAGCACUUUGGCAAGGUCGUGGUGGAGCUGUAG